GUGAUAUCCAUUCUGAAACCCCAGCUAAAGGUGAUCCAAGAAUUUGCGGCGGCCAUCCCAGAAGCCAUGAAAGGCACUGAGCACGCAAAAUCACUUGUGCAAAUGCGGGAGAAAGGCACGAAGAAGCUGGAUAAGUUCUGUGAGAUGUUAAAGCAGUCAACGGGUGUUGAUGAAGCGCUUAACCAUCUUUUGAACUUAAAGCAAAAGCAGGCCAAUGCCUCCGAGGCUCAAAUUGCGAAUAAGCUGGCGAUUGAAACCGGCCGACAAGGCAAGACACUCAUGAUCUUUACUGCUGUUACUAUCAUCUUUCUACCAGCAUCGUUCAUGGCAGCAUUCCUCACGAUUCCAAUCGCUGACUACCCACAUGACGACAAGGGCGCUUCAGCUAUGACUCUACAUUGGGCUUCAAAGUAUAUAUUCUCCAUCUCGUUUGGGAUCAGCAUCCCGCUACUAAUCUUAGCCUUCAACUUCGCCAUAUUUGAAAACGGCGUCAAGAACCGCACUGGGCCCAGGGCAGCAACACAUGUGCUCGGUCGGUUCUUCAUCAGAGUUCACCAAUGGCUGAUGUUCCUUUUGGCCUGGAUAAGAUUAUUGCUUUUGCAUAUAUGGUAUAGUUUUCUGGGGGACAAAAACAAGUGGAGAAGGAGGAGGUAUCGUAGGGCGGGGAGGAGAGCUCUGAGGAGGAGACGAGGGAUUUAUAAACCUUAUGAGUCUGCUGAGAACUAGUAGCUUCUGGAUAGUGCUAUUUGUAUUAGAG